AUGCUGGGUCCCAUCCGCCACGGUCUUCUGAUCAGCCUGCUGCUGGUGGCAGCCAUCGUCCCCUCCCAGACAAUCGCCAGCCCCCAGCAUUUAUCCACGCACCUUUACAAACGCGACGAUGAUGGUCGCGAUUGCUAUAAAAAAUUCGCCAAGGAUCCGUCCAACUGCCCCAUCAUCAAUGUCGCCUUCUUUGCCGACACCAACUGUGCCACGCCUCUGCCGCUCGCACGCACCACCCCUCGUGCAUUGAUCGAGGGCAACGAGCAGAUGCUCUUCGAUGGCACUGUGGCGCAUUCGCUCAAGCGGCCAUUUGGCUCUCUCCGCAUCAUCGCUGCGGCCCGUGGCAUGGGUCUCGGCUUUGCCAAGGGUGAAGAGUCGGACACGGUGGUCCAGAACAUGGCGUUCAUGUCGGCUGCUCGGACGUUCGAGGCGUUUAGCAAGAAGGAGUGCGUGACGUUCCCCAACCUCGACGCGAGUCAGGUGGGUGUGUGGACGGCGCGACAGGAGGCCUCGCUCAAUGUACAGGGCUACGUGUGGAACCCGGACAACAUCCCGAUCAAGCGCACUCCUCAGUACUCCACCGACAACGCGCUAAUGAAGACCAACUCUCAUCGCAGACGCGGUUCUCGCCGCGUCAGCACGGGUGCCUGUGCCGUCUGCCUCGAAGAGGCUUCCUGGGGCGGCGGCGGUGUGCUGCUCAUGUACACUACCCCGGACUGCACCUCUACGCCCAAGAAACAGCUCUACAGCACCGUCCAAUGCACCCCCCUCUCCCUCACUGACUUCCGAUCCUACAAAGCCGUCCAGCCCCUUGGCCCUACCAUCGACACGAUCUUCAGCCCCACCUACUACGAUGUGGGUCAGACCGGCUACCAUGCUUGCGCGCACCAGGACGUCAGCGCCCGACCCUUCAAGCCGAACGAAUGCCAGAAGAUGGCUGGAGGGGACAUGUUCGUCGGUGUUUAUGGCCUUGAUCCCGACCCGAGACUCGUCCAGCCUGCUCUGAGCCAGGGGGACAAGGUGUUAGCCCAGGGCCACGGCAAGCUGCUGUUGGGCCCCAAGCCGGGCUCGAAAAGUCCCUCUGGGGUCAGGUUCACCGGCCCUUGA